AUGUCUGAUUCUAAAAAUGAGGAAUUUCGAAUCGUGAAAGUGUUAUAUGAUUAUAAUUACACUGAUACAGAUAGCAGAGAGGAAGUGUUUAUGUACGUAGAUGAGGAAUUUAUACUCUUGCAAGAAACUAACGAUGAAUGGUGGGAAGUCUGUCGUCCUGCCGAACAAGUUCCUUUUUUUGUUCCCGCGCAAUAUGUGACUAUCAUUGACACUCCUCCAAGGACAGACGUCAACUUCAAUGAAGAAAAUAACGUGAGUGAAUUGACAGCAGAGGAUGAAGGAGUAGUAGAUGAUGGUAAUAGCGUAAAUAACAAUGAGGUUCAAAAUGAAAAGGUUAAAGAGAAACCAGAAGUGACAUACGCAAAUCUGGAAUAUAUACGUGCAGCUGCCAACAUUCCAGAGCCAAAAUUGGAUAUAAAUCUUCCUGCUCCGCCAGUUCCUCCAAAUAAACUCAACAUAGACAUAGAGUCACCGUCAGGAGAAUAUGCUAAUUUAGCAUUUAUUCAGAGCUCUAUCCACCCUCCAGCAGUUGAACAAGGAGAUUUUGUAGAAGUGUUGUGUGAGCCGCUACCCUGGGAUGUAUAUAAAGACCGAUAUUCCAAUCGCCUCUUCUACCACAAUCGGGAAACUGAUGAAUGUAUGUGGAAACCACCCAGAAAGGGAAAAUCCCCUUCUUCUCCACCUCCUGAGAAGGUGGGCGAGGGGCAUGUGAUCGGGGAAAGGAAAUUGGGGCUGCCCCCAGAACCUAAAGUACGGAAAUCUCUGACUAAUGAUUUGUUUGACGAGUAUGAAAUAAAAACAGAAAAUGGUGAAGAAAUUCAUGUUAACAGAAUAUCUAAGGAAAAAUUCAAAAAGACAGAAGAUGGGAAAUUUAUGGAUAUUGAUACAGGAGAAAAACAUUCCGAGUUGCCUAGCAACAGAAACGAGAAAAAGGCUAAGAAAUUCUCUUUAGCCUCUGAUUGUUUUGGAUUCUCUUCAGCCCCUGAAUAUACUCUUCCUGCAGUUUUGCUUCAAUUUCCUAUGCAUAUCCUCAUUAGCCCAUCAAGAGCCAAAAUCUAG